AUUGAACAACCGCUUCCCACUUUUGAGCUCAUUCAACGUCGAAUUAACCUAAGCAAGUAUCGCAUCACAGAUCAACAAUUGCGCCAAUCAUUGUCGCAAUUGGUUCUUCUCAGUGAUUUAUUCGGUUUCCUGUACAAUUUUUUCUUCGUCGCGACCAGACCCGCCACAAUGAGCUUCGUCACUCGUAGGGCCCUCUCGACCCUCAUUCCUCCCAAGGUUGCUUCGCCGAAUGCCAUCGGCGCUGCUCCCGAUGCCCUCCGCAUGAAGCGCGUUGUUAGCUUCUAUGAGAAACUCCCCCGAGGACCGGCCCCCGAGAUCCAGGCCACUGGUCUCCUAGGUCGAUACCAGGCCAAGCAUUUUGGCAAGAACCCUACCGCCAAGCCUAUUAUUCACGCCAUCGGCCUCAUUCUUGUCAUUGGAUACCCCAUGACCUACUACUUCCACUUGCGCCACCACAAGAACAACCCUCACUAAGCGGAUUCACCACUAAGGUACCACCAGGGGGACUUAGUAGGGGUCGAGCAAGUAAUCAAGCUGUAUAAAGAUAGAUGGCAUCGAGCAUUGUGCAUAGAUAGCCUCUCUGUACCAGAACAGAACUGAGCUUAGUCUCAAAAAAAUUCUACAGUUUUCGAUAUUACUUUGAUAUGCCCGUUAUUGAGAUGUGCAGGUAAUACAACAAACGACGACAAUGUUUACAUGUAGCCCUAAAUCGUAUUAUACAUGCCUAGUGGGUACCUAGGAAAUGGGAAGUCGGUAUAAAUAUACGUAUGUAGGUAGGUAUGUAGGUACCUACCUAGGUAUAUAUCUAUUAAUGGUUUAUUCCAG